GUACGAUGUUCACUGACAAAGUAGUGCUCAUCACAGGAGCCAGCUCGGGGAUAGGAGCUGCCUGCGCUCUUGCCUUCGCUAAAUCAUCAGCCACACUAUCACUAGUAGGACGAAAUCUAGACAAUCUAAGUAAAAUCGGAAAGCUAUGUGAAAAACUAAACCAUAUAAAACCACUCCUAAUAGUUGCAGAUGUGACAUCAGACACUGACCUAGAUAAAAUAGUAGAAGACACUGCAAACAAAUUCGGAAAAAUAGACGUUCUAAUCAACAAUGCUGGGAUAAACUCCGUGCCCGAAACUCACUCGUCAGCAGAAACUUACGACCGAGUUAUGGCAACGAAUGUACGUGCCACGUACCUGCUCACUACUAAAGCGACACCGUACUUACUGAAAACGAAGGGAAACGUCGUAAAUAUUUCUAGUAUCCUGUCAAACAAACCGCUGCCCAUCAUGACUCCAUACUGCAUGUCUAAAGCAGCCAUCGACAUGCUGACUAAAUGUACAGCGCUACAACUAGGACCACGAGGAGUCAGAGUGAAUGCUGUCAAUCCAGGACCUGUGAAGACAGAAAUGUUUAAAAGAGGAGGCAUGAGUGAAACAAACUGUGAUAGGAUGUUUGCUGGUAUCGAAAUGAGCGCUCCUUUGAAGAAAACAACAAAAGGCGAAGAUGUGGCGGAACUAGUGAUGUUCCUCGCGAGUGAUAGAGCAACUUGUAUCACUGGAAGUUGCUACGUCAUCGACUGCGGACUCAUGCUGGGCGAUGCCGACAAUUUGUGAUUGAUGAAUGCAUACAAACAUCUUAAUAUACAGAACAUCAUAACAUAAUGUUCGCUCUGCCUAAAAUUCAUUGUAUUUACGUUGCCAAAACCACCCCAAACUUUUCGUGCGUACAAAUAACUGCGAUAAGUUUGUUGAAACUUAAAUGUCCCAGUGAUGUUCACCAGAACAAAGGCUUAAGAAUAUUAAAAUAUGUGGCGCGGUGUAUCGAGCCCAUAAUAAACAAAAGGCCCACAGAACGUACCACUGAUAAACAGUAUUAGAAGUUCCCUCGAGUUUCAUUGAAGCUCGUUUAGAUUGCACCGACAAUUACAUUACAGUGUUUUCCCUUAAAUAUCUGUUCUUUUCUGGUAAUGGAGGGCAAUAUAUUUACUUAUCUAGAAUACGUAAUCCUUCCCCAGGUGGGUCGCUAAUACCGUGUUAUCUUGCGUUAAUUUCCCUCGCAUUAUCUUCUCGCAAAUUGAUUGUGCUCCCUGCAGCGGCACUGAAAAUUAAAUUAUAAAUAAUAUCGCCGGGAACGUUAAUGCUUGCAAAAAUUACCUAGCCUUUUAUCUCGGUAUUAAUCUCGCGGAAAAAUCUUGUUACAAGGAAGAAAAUUUCACCGGCAUUUUCUUUAGUGUUGUAAAGAUAGUGUAGCUUAAUUUUAUACACAGAGUAAAAAUGUUAGGAGUAGAAUAUUUAAACGUUAAUAUCCACAUAGAGGAUCUUCUAAUUAAAGUUCUCGGAUUCCUAGACUGUAACCGUAAUAAAGUGUAAUUUCCAGCUACAAGUACGUAAUCCGCAACAAGAGUAACCUCGUUAGGCACGGGGCGAGGCGCGGGGUGGGGGGACGCCGGCGUUAUACGCGAUUAAUAUAAUUCCCUAAUUUAUACGCGGCGAACGUUACUGUACGGGGUUCCAUUGUUAUUGGGCCAAACCGCGGCUUUCAAUUACGCGCCGCCACUCACACAGAUAUUACUUUGCUCUCGUCCCACGAUCCGAACUUUGUCAACGACUCAACGACUGCUGUAAUUAUCUUUCUUUCCGUGCUGCUGUUGGUUA